AGCUUCAAAGAUUCAUCCAAUUCACAAAGACCUUUUGGAGGUAAAACAGUUAUUUUUGGUGGUGACUUCAGACAAAUAUUACCUGUCAUCCCAAAAGGUACUAGGCAAGAUAUUGUUAAUGCAACUCUCAAUUCUUCAUAUUUAUGGUCUCAUUAUCAACUGUUGCAACUAACAAAGAAUAUGAGAUUACAAGGUACUGAAAUAGGUUCGGAUGAGUUGAGAGAUUUUUCUGACUGGAUUUUGGCUGUUGGUGAUGGUAGGAUUGGAAGUUCAGUUGAUGGCAUUGAAAAAGUUCCUAUACCAAAGGAUCUUCUGAUAAAUGAGUCCAUUGAUCCAAUAUUUGCUAUUGUCGAAAGUACGUAUCCAGAUUUUAUUAGUCGCUGCAAUGAUACAGGAUACCUACAAAAAAGAGCCAUUCUUGCUCCAACACUUGAUAUGGUGGAAUCAAUCAAUCAAUAUAUGAUUUUUCUCAAUCAAAAUCCUGAGAAAUCAUAUUUGAGUUCUGAUAAAAUUUGUGGCUCUGACCAAACUUAUUCAGCUUUGGAACAUGUACAUACACCAGAAUUUUUAAAUACUAUUAAAUGUUCUGGUGUAUCAAAUCAUGCUAUCACUUUAAAGGUUGGAGUUCCGGUGAUGUUAUUAAGAAAUAUUGAACAGUCAGCAGGAUUGUGUAAUGGAACAAGGUUGAUUGUAACUAGACUUGGAAAUCAGGUAACUGAAGCUAAAGUUUUAUCUGGACAGAUGGUUGGACAGAAAGUAUUUAUUCCAAGAAUGACUUUAACACCUUCUGAUGCUAGAAUUCCAUUUAAGUUUCAAAGAAGACAAUUUCCAAUUACGGUAUCCUUUGCCAUGACAAUCAAUAAAAGUCAAGGACAGUCUCUAUCUCACGUGGGAUUAUUUUUGAAAAAGCCAGUAUUUACACAUGGACAACUGUAUGUAGCUCUUUCCAGGGUGACAAGUAGAAAGGGAUUAAAAAUAUUGGCUUAUGAUAAAGAUGGGCAGAUUACAAACGAAGCUACAAACGUAGUUUAUAGAGAAGUUUUUCAAAAUUUGGUCUGAUACUCACUGUCUUUUGGAGAUUUAUAUACUAUUAUUG